ACGUUUUGUUGCUUCGUUCCUGUUCAAUUCGAAUAUUUGUUUAUCUUUUAUGAUUAAAUAAAGUAAAUACAUUUCAGUAAUUCAAUCAUAUUAUUAGGUUUAGUUUAAAAAUCCAGACACAUCAUGGCAAAUUUUGGAAAAUCAUCCAGUUUCCCAAAUGUUCCUCAUAGUCGUUCAAAUGAUAAAAAUCAAGAUGAGAAGUUAUUGGAACCUCUUAGUUAUAUUUUACAAGUGCCCGGCAAGGAAAAUCGGCCAAAACUAGCUCGGGCUUUUAAUUUUUGGUUACAAGUACCUGAAGAAAAGCUAAACAUGGUGGCUGAUAUUGUGCAGCUUUUGCAUAACGCUAGUCUCUUAAUAGAUGAUAUUCAAGAUAGUUCUAUACUAAGGAGAGGAAUUCCAGUGGCUCAUUCAAUUUACGGGAUUCCUAGUACUAUUAAUGCGGCCAAUUAUGCUUCAUUUAUUGCAUUGGAAAGGGUGCAAUUAUUGGAACAUCCAGAAGCCGUCUCAAUUGCAUUAGAACAAAUUCUAGAAUUAUAUAGAGGUCAAGGAAUGGAAAUUUAUUGGAGGGAUAAUUUUUCUUGUCCAACAGAGGAAGAAUAUAAACAGAUGGUGAUAAAAAAAACGGGUGGAUUAUUUAUGUUUGCUAUAAGGCUUAUGCAGCUAUUUAGCUCCAAUAAAGAGGAUUUUACCAAAAUAACUGCAAUUUUAGGACUUUAUUUUCAAAUUAGGGAUGACUAUAUUAACUUAAAUUCCAAAUAUUAUAUGUUGCACAAAAGCUAUUGUGAAGACCUUACGGAAGGCAAGUUUAGUUUUCCGAUAAUACACGCCAUAAAAAGCAGACCUGAUGAUCAACAAAUUAUACAUAUACUUAGACAACGACCAAAGGACGUCGAAGUAAAGAAGUAUUGCGUGGCAUUAUUAGAAAAGUUCGGAAGUUUCGAUUAUACCAGGCAAACACUUCAGGAUUUGGAACUUGAAGCUAGAGAAGAAAUUAAGCGAUUAGGGCCAAAUAAACUCAUGGAAGAUUUAUUAGAUUCGCUUUCAAAAAUGGAAUAAAAAAGUGUAAAAUAUGUAAUUUAAGGAGACAUUAUGAGAAAAAAACGUAUUUUUACAUGUUUCUUUUUACACAACUUUAUUUGUCUUUAAGUAUACAUGUACUUAUGAAUUUUAUUUGCCUGAAAAUGUUAAUAUACAGUGCAUCCCAAAAUUUAUGUCUAAAUUCAUUUAAAAUUCAGGGGUGUGUUAAAAAAAAAACGCUCGGACCCGUCGAUUUUUAUUUCAAAUUGCGCAUUCUUGUACGUAAAAUUUGUAUAUACAGGGUUGCUCAAAAAUUAAUUACGACCAUCAACUUCAUUUUUUCAAAUGAAAGCACCUUUUUUUUAUUUAAACUUUGAAUUUCGCGUGAAAUUUUACGUAUGUUUCAUGCAUCAUGUCCUAUAUCUAAAGUCAACAGUUAUCGAAAAAAAGACGAUUCAUGUAACAAAUAAAAAAAGAACAAAAAUUAAGUUAAAUAUUCAAAACGGUUGCCAUUCACGGCUUGACAAUAUUUAAGGCGAUCAAUAAAGUCUCGUUGCACAUUUUCAAUCAUUUCCGGAGUUAUGGCGCGCACUGCUCUGCGAAUUCUCUCUUUCAAGUCGUCUAGAUUAUUUGGCCUAUUAACAAAUACCUUCGACUCGAGGUAUCCCCACAAAAAAAAGUCCAUUGGUGUUAGGUCAGGCGACCUAGCAGGCCAUUCGAUAGGUCCUCUCCUUCCUAUCCACCGAUUGGGAAAGGUUUCAUCCAAAAAUGUACGCACAGUGGCAGCAUAUUGCGGAGGAGCGCCAUCCUGCUGGCAAAUUAGUUCUUCGUCAGGAUAGUCUGGGUACAAUGUAUUUGAAAAUAAAGCUAGUAAUGCUGAAACUAAUUCAAAUUGGAGAAAAUCGAGAUAUACUUGUCCCGUUAAAGUCAAAGAAAAAGGGACCUAUUACUCUUCCGCGCACUAUUCCACACCACACAUUUAGUUUUUGAGGGUACUGGGUGCUUACCUCCAUCAUCCAAUGCGGAUUUUUUGUUGCCCAAUAUCGACAAUUUUGUCUGUUCACACUACCAUUCAAACAGAACGUGGCUUCAUCGGAAAAAAUAAUAUUUGUUACUAAAUUAUUAUUUAGAUUGCACAUGUUUUGUAAGCGUUCACAAAACUCAUAUCGAAAUCGUCAUCAAAUAACUCUUGCACAGGAAUAACUUUGUAGAGGUGAUAUUUGUGCUUUUUAACUAUUCGGUGAACUAUAGAUUUCGCCAUGUGUAAAUUUGCCCCAAUCUGCGACAGAGGAGUACAUAGAUUUUCUUCCAAAGAAAGCAAAACGUUAAGUUGUUCAUUUUCAUCUCGAGCAGGACGACCAGAUUUCGGCAGAUCUCUAACAUGACCGAAUUCUCUAAGUUUAGCCUCUAUUCUACUCACCACCUUUUGACAUGUCGAAGGACGAUCAGGAUCGAUUUCAUUGAAUAAUUGAGCAGCUUCUCUUUGAGUACGUGUUCUCACCAAACCCAACCAUGCACAGAAUUUCUAUUUUUUCUCGUUCCCUUAACUUUACCAUUGUGAAAACCGCAACUUUCCUCGUACACUUUACACCUGACAAUAUCUGUUUAGCGUACAACUGUCAAUACAGUUUCUAUGAAAAUACGCGGUUACCAGCCAACAAUAAAAAAAGACAAAUGAAUGGAAUUUUGCUUUGUAUAAAAAUUCUCAGAGAUAAAGUGACUCGUAUAAGGUGAACUUCAAUAAUAAUGUUUGGUCGUCUUUUAUUCGAUAACCGUUGACUUUAGGUAUAGGACAUGAUGCAUGAAACAUACGUAGAAUUCCACGCGAAAUUCAAAAAUGAAAUAAAAAAAUGGUGCUUUCAUUUGAAAAAAUUAAGUUGAUGGUCGUAAUUUAUUUUUGAGCAACCCUGUAUAUACAAACUUCACGUACAAAAAUGCGCAACUUGAAAUAAAAAUCGACGGGUCCGAGCGUUUUUUUUUCGAACACACGCCUGAAUUUUAAAUGAAUUUAGACAUAACUUUUGGGAUGCACUGUAUAAAGCAUAUUCGUGAUAAAGGUCAUUUCAUUGUAAAUUUACAUUAUAUUAAAAAAUUAAACUGUAGGCUCUA